AUGAUCGACCAGGUUCGCGAACUCGCGAUUGAAACACUCUGCGAUAUCCGUCUCCACAGAUCAUUUAUUCUGCCCGCCUCAGUAUUUCCCAAUGCUGGACGGGAUCUACGCAUCACCUACUCAGACCUUGGAUAUCAUGCAGAAAACACCCGCAAUCUUUCGGCUGAUGGCAGUGAUGGAGAAGACGAAUCAGAUCACUGUGUCGUCUUUUUCAUCGGUGGUCUCCUAGGUGGCCGUUAUACGCUCUGCCGCUCAGCCAACAUUGCUCGACGUCUCAAGAUCCGCAUCAUCGCCAUGGAUAGACCGGGUCUUGGUGGCUCGACGCCGGUUCCUAUAGACCAGCGUGUAGCAGCACAGGUCGCCGCUGUCCCUGCUCUGCUAGGUCACUUGGGUGUCAGACAUGUCACGCUAGCAUCCCAUUCUGGAGGCGCACCCUAUUUGUUGGCCGCGCUUCUGGCGCAUCGCGGCUUGCUGCAUCCAAAAAGGCCUCAUAUCGUCUUGCUUGCCCCAUGGGUACCCCCCAAAGAUGGAGGCGCACCUUUGAUGCGGGCGGCUGCGGCACUACCGCUUGGGGCAAUUGGCAGCUUUCCUUCCUGCGCGAAAGCCAUUAAUCGUACUUUUGCGUUCAGCUCAGGGCUGCGCCGGGGACCUUCUGGCAAAUUUGCCACUAUUGCGGUGUCCAAGACUGGGGAGGGUGAUGAACAACAAAACAGCGAGCAAUCCGUGGAGAAAGCUCUCCUGACGGAAAUGGGGGAUUUAGUCCAAAAAUACAUGUUCGCUGAAAAUAUCGAGGGCUCUUCGGACGAUGCACUUCUAUUUCUGCGAAAGCACAUACAGCCAAUAACUGCAACCGGAGAUAUGGGGACUGUACAAGGCAAGGACUGGCUUGACCAUCGAACUCUUGCCGCUGCGGUCGUCGAUCAGGAAAACCGUCUCCAUAGCACUGUCGACUCUGGGAAGCUUCAGAUCGACGCGCUACAUUCCGAAAAGGACAUCAUGAUUGGCGCAAGUGGAUCAAGACACUUUGAUGACUGUUGGGCAAGCGCUGUUUCGCCAUCAACAAUUACAUUCAAUCCAAAAAUAAUGAAGGGCGUUAAUCACGACUCCAUCCUGGAUCCAACCCUCGGAGUCAGUGAUAUAUGGCUCCAGAAUGUGGCCCAGCGAUGGUACAACUGA